UUUGAACACGUAUAAUGAAGCAAUACUGAACUAUCUCUAUAGUACAACAAAUUUGAAAAAAGUUUACGAGAAAUAUUUAAAAAUUUGUCCAAAACUACAAUUUGAAAAUUUGAAAAUUUCAAGAAAACUUUAAGAACAAAAGAGCCGUAGCAUGGAUUCAAACGCUUGUAGCACGAAGCAGCCUUCUAAACAUUAUAAGCCUUAUGGAAGAGCACGUACGGAUAUAAACAACAAAAAAACUUUCAAAGAAGAUAAAAAAUUAUGUAAUUUGGUGGAGCAGCAUCCGCAGCUGUACGACAAAGGACACAAGGGUUACGGUCAGAAAAAGGCUACAGAUGAGGCAUGGCGCACGAUUGCGGACUCGUUGAGGAAGUCAGUGUCUCAAUGCAAGGCUCGUUGGGAAAAACUGCGUGCUGAGUACAUCGCCUACCUACGUUCCCUUGAAGCCGAUAAGGAACAGCGUGGUCGUAAACGUCAAUUUAAAGAAACCGCGGUUGCCGCAGAAAAUAAAGAGCUCUACAACAAACAUUUUUUUGAAUUUCUACGUUGCUACAUGCAAGAUAUGACCCAAAAAGAGCAGAGUCUAUGCCACAUUAGCAUGUUGCAAGCUGUAUACGAAAUCAGCAGAAUGAAAAGUAGUGCAAGCGGUGAUGGCAAUGAUUGCAUCCAAAAUGAGAUAAAGUAUCUAGUGGAAAAAAUAGACGAACAAGGAUUGCGUACUUUACAAGAAAUCAUUCAGAAAAGAAUGAAUAAAUAUAAUAAUGCAGACACUGUGCUGUGAAUAUUUUCGAAAUUACACGCAAAUUUAAAAAUACUAAAAUUCCGCCGACUCCCUAUAUAACGAGUUCACUUAAGGAUACUAAAUUCGCGAUAAAUCAAUACAUGUAAAUAAAUACCACAGAGACU